AGGCCGGCUGCUCGCAGCGGCGUUGGGAGUCCUCGACAAGCAGCAGACCCUGGACGCGGCUCUUCCUGGCAGUCCUUCUGGGUCGGCCGCCAGCGAGCGCCCCCACGUGGCUCUCAAGAUCGGCGUGCACACCGGCCCCCUUGUCGCCGGCAUCGUAGGCGAGAAGCUGCCGCGUUUCCGCCUCUUCGGGGACACCGUGAACACGGCCGCACGGAUGAUGCAGAAGGGGGCCCGCGGUGCCGUGCAGUUCGGCCAGGAGACUUUCCAGGAGCUCCCGCAGUGGGCUUCCGCAGCUGUGGUCGAGCGGGGGCAGAUCGAGAUGAAAGGGAAGGGCCUGGUAAAGCACGGGGGCGGAUUUGCUGCACUGCCGCGGAGGGCAGUGGCCCGCCCGGGACCUGCAGCCCGGCGGUGCGGUGUCGCCGCCGUCGGAGCUGUCGCGGGCGCUGCAGCAGGACCGCUACAGGCAGCCCUCUGGCGGCGUGGUUGGCACCGUUCUCGACUGCGCCUUGCGCAAGACGGCCUCGGUGGGCGAGCGCCUGUACUUCUUCCAUCGAGGGGGAGACUCCAGAAAGGUACACCGUGUCCAGGCGUGACCGGGCCAGCCCGUUGGCGUGCGUGAAGGCCUCCUGCUCCAGCUCGUGGAAGUGGUGGCCCUGCCGCAGCACCGCUUGGAACUGUCGGGCCUCCGCCCUGUCGUGGUCGCCAGUGGGGCGCCCACACGCCUUCGCCACCCGGUCGGGGCCCGACUCGACGAAAUUAAAAUCUCCAGCGAUUGUUGUCAGAGCCCGGUCUCGCUGCCGAAGAGACCCCGCCAAAGCCUGCACGUACUCCUGCCUGCGUUGCCGCGUCUCGCCGUCAUUGCCGGCCGGGAGUUAGACAACAUACGCGUCCAACGAGCUGCGGGGGCCGUCCAGUUCCAGCUUGGCGAUCCAACCUGGGACCACGUGGACCCAGCUAUCGGCAUUGACCGGGUUGAAAGACGCCAGGAAAUCUUCCUUCACGUGGAUUGCGACACCACCUGUGUGGUUGGUGCCAUGCGACCGAAAACGUCGAUAUCCAGGGGUCAACUUCGCAGCGAAGACCUUACCGUGCCAGUCGAGGAUGCCUUUAAAAAGGCCCCAAAGCGGCCCACGAGGGGGCCAAGACGGCCCACGGGGCGCCCAAACCGCCCAAGACGGGGACGAGGAACUGGAAUUUCUAGCGUUUUGGCCC